AUGAGAUCUGUAUCUGCUACUGGGAUUUUGGCCCAAUUGUCAAGAUCUUUAGAGUCACCUGCCCCGCAUGGUGACCGCAAUUGGGAUCACAUUGAAUUUGGGAAACUAUAUUGUGAAAGCUUGGAAGGGCGAAAGGGUAGUUCUGUUGUGUUACUAGGAUUGGUGUUUUGGCGGGUGAUGGCAAAGAAGAAGAAUUCUUUGGUGUUUAUGGAUGUUUCUAUAGAUGGGGAUCCUGUUGAAAGGAUGGUUUUUGAGCUAUUCUAUGAUGUUGCUCCAAAGACUGCUGAAAAUUUUCGUGCAUUAUGUACAGGAGAAAGGGGAGUUGGUCCAAAUACCGGAAAAUCACUGCACUACAAGGGUUCUUUCUUCCAUCGAAUUAUAAAAGGCUCCAUUGCCCAGCCAAUUGCGGUUGUUUAUUCUGUAGGAUACAGGGCUGAUGGUCACGACUGCCUUUCUUGUGAUAUAGUUUUAAGGGUGGUGAUUUUGUCUAUCGAAAUGAUGGCCUUGUCACUCAAUGAGGGAUGGACUGGUGGAGAAAGCAUAUAUGGUUCCAAGUUCCCAGAUGAAUCACCUUGGCUAAAGCAUGAUGCUUCAGGCCUUCUUUCCAUGCCAGUUGCUGAUCGUGAUACCCUUGGUUCUAAUUUUAUCAUCACUUUUAAAGCCGAUCCCCAUCUUGAUAGGAAACAUGUAGUCUUUGGCAGGCUUGUGCUAGGGCAUGAUAUAUUGAAAAAAAUUGAAGAUGUGGGUGAUAAAGAAGGGCUUCCAAGCGUAACUGUUAAAAUAAUUAAUUGUGGUGAACAUAAUGAGGAUGAAAAGAAGAUACAUAAAUCCAAAAAGAGAAGAAAUGGAUCUUCUGUAACCAAUAGUCAUGAACUGCAUAAGGGAAAGUACAGAAAAUCUUCAGGUGACAAAAGGAAAAGGAGAAAGUACUACUUGUCAGACUCUGAUAGCUCCUCAGAUUCAGACACAAAAUCUUCAGAAAGUGAUAGUGAUUCUGACUCAGACAUAUCUUCAUCAUCCUACACAAGUUCCUCCAGCGAAGACAGGAGGAGAAAGAGAAAGAGAUCUAGAAAAGAUAAACUUAGACGUGGAAAAAGAAGAGACAAACACCGAGAGAAGAGACUAAGGAAACUAGAUAAAAGAUCUAAGCGUAGAUCAAGAAGAAAGUUGGCUGCCGUUGAGAUUGUGUUUGGUGUUAGGGAGUCGCCCAGUCAUACUGAUUCAGAUAGUGAAAGUAAGAGCAACAACUGCUCUGAUGGUGGAAGUUGUGGUGCUGAAGCAAUAGAUCAGAAGCAUGAAGACCAUUCUCAGAGACAUGUGAAUUUUUGUUGUGGGUCUACUGUCUUGGUUGCAUUGUAUAUUGAGUUAUUGCCUGAAGAUAAAGACGAUCUGGGGUCCAGUACUUGGGGCGAGGAGGGGCCUGCGGAAGGUCAGUCUUCCUCAGUUGUAGAGAAAGAAUUACCUCCAAUGCACGCAAAAAAGUGGGAGAAACUGGAUAUGCUAGAUGAGGAAGGAUUCCCAACGGAAAAUGGAGAAAGGUGUAGCAAUGGCACUGGAGUCAACUAUAGAUCUGAAAGACGUGAAGGGAGGCAGCCUGAUGUGAUGGAUGAUCAACCAAGCAAAUCUAGGAGUCAAAGCAUGAGUAUUAGUCCCAGGUGCAAGAGCAAAAGCCCAAACAUUAGUCCAAAGAAGAGGUUGAGCAGAAGUCCAAGUGGCAGUAGAAGUCCUCGUGCUCCAUUACAGAGGAGUUUGACCCAAAGUCCUGUUAGAAGCAUUAGCAGGAGUCCAAACAGAAGCAUCAGCAGAAGCCCAGUGCGAGGUAGGAAGGGGAGAAGUAUCACUAGAAGGCCUGUGAAAUCUUGUGGACAUCGAAAUGUCGGUGCAAGCCCUAAAAGACCCCUUCCUCGGAGCUACCAAAGGACUUCACCUGGAACAUCAUUAUGUAGAUCAAUAAGCAGAAGCCCAGCGAGAUCUCGUGGUCAUAGAAGUGUGAGCACGAGCCAAGGAAGAUCUCCUUCUUGGAGCCAAAGGAGGAGUUCACACAGAGCUCCAUCACGAAGAUCAAUCAGCACAAGCCCAGCAAGAAAUCGUCAACAUAGAAGUCUAAGUAGAAGCCCUGGAAGAUCCCUUUCUCCUAAGCAUCCGAUUUCACCCAGAGGACGAUCGCGAAGAUCAAUUAGCCGAAGCCCUGUGAGAACUCGCAAUCAUAGAAGUGUCAAUAAAAGCCCUGUGAGAUCUCGUGGUCAUAGAAGUGACACUGCAAGCCCUCUUGCUCGAAGUGCCCGCAGGAGUAAGAGUCCUGGGAGAACUGACAAUCGUAGAAGUGUUGGCAGAAGCCCUACUAGAUCUCAUGGUCACAGAAGUAGGAGUGCGAGCCCUGUAAGGUUGCUUUCAUGGGACCGCCGAAGGAGUUCACCCAAAGCACCAUCAAGAAGAUCGAUCAGUAGAAGCCCGGUAAGAGUGUCAAGAAAGAGUAUAAGUAGGAGUCCAGUUAGAUCAUCUGCCAGAAGCUUGAGCAGAAGCUCUGGCAGAGUCCCUUUGAGAAGCAUUAGCCGAAGUCCAGUUAGAGUGCCAAGCAGAGGCAAUCGGCGCAGUUAUUCUAGGAGUCCUCGGGGCAGGAGCUUAUCUAAAAGUGUGUCACCUGAUGUUUCCCCAAAACGUAUCCGAAGGGGAAGAGGUUUCAGUGAACGAUACUCUUAUGCUAGAAGGUAUAGGACUCCCUCUCGAUCUCCUGUGAGGUCAUACCGCCAUAAUGGAAGAAGUGACCGGGACAGAUAUUCAGGUUGUAGAAGGUACUCCCCUAAGCGGAGCAGGAGCCCACUGCCACCUAGAAGAACUCCGCCAAGGUUCCGGAGUAGGAGGAGCAGGACGCUAUCUGUAUCACGCAGUCCACGUUACCGGCUUCGACGAAGUCGAAGCCGGAGCCAUAUGGGCAGUCGUUCACCUGUUGGUACAUAUCGACGUCGUGUUCGGAGGAGCAGGUCUCUGUCCCGGAGCCAGAGUCCAUCACUAUCCAAGGCGUCAGCGGAAUCAGAAUCUCCACGAAAAGCGAGCAGGAACAGCAGGUCAAGGUCUCCAAGGUCCCCGUCGGAAAGCCCAGAUGGAAAGAAAGGCCUUGUAUCUUACGGAGAUGCUUCUCCCGAUUCAAACUAA